AUGGGCCGAACGCCGCUGGUGCUGGACCAAUUCUCCUGGACGCUGUUUGCCCGACUCCCCGCUGAGCUGCAACUUGAAAUCCUGGAGCGGUGCCACUCUCACGAUCUCGUCUGCCUGUCCUUGGUAUCGCGCUUCUUUCGGUGGAUUACACUGCCUCUCCUGCCUGCCAAGCCAAAGCUACUGGACUGCAGGUGGAAGCACAAGACCUGUAACUGGAUCGGACUUCACAUCACGGGCCGCGGCACAGCGCGAUACCAGCAAUUCGUCGUUCGCGGCCCGACAGCACCACAGCGCCGCAACACGCUAUCGCCCGACAACCGCGAGGUGCAUCCGAGGAUGGUAUGCAACCCCGCCGACGGGGACGCCUGGUGUGUCAAUUGCCUGUCUACCGGUUAUCCGCUGUUCGCCCGCCUGCAGGGCUGGAUGGGCAGCCGCAAGUUCUGCAUCACAUGUCGCAAGUUCACCAAGCGGCCAUGGGCAAAGAGGUUCGGCAGGCGCUGCCAACAUGGGCAGGAGCGGAAGCGGCUUCGAGGCACCUGCGGCUGGUCGAAGCCAUCGAGGAACAAGCCCGAGAAGUACGAACCGGAGAAACACGAUUCGAGAAGCUCAAGGCAGCGCGCCCGAGAAGACUGUUACUUGCCGAAGCCACCAACAAACAAGCCCGAGAGGUACGAACUGAGAAGCUUGAAGCGCCGUGCCCAAGCUGUAUAA